GUGAUCGAUCUGAACAAACUCUGCUUUCAGGUGGUCUUCGUGUGCGUGGCGCUGAGCGGGCCAGUCUCCCCGGCUGAGUUAACCUGCGAAACUUUGAUCCUGCUGUCAACCAACUUCACAGCAAGGACCUUAGUCCUGCUCAACCAGACAUUUACCGUCAGCAACUCCUCAGGUGUGUACUGUGACCUGUCGGUGGAUGGGAUAGGAACCUGUUGGCCUCGGAGUGCAGCAGGUGAGCUGGUCUCCAGACCGUGUCCUGAGCAGUUCAACGGGAUCCACUACAACACCACCAAUCGGGUCUACAGAGAGUGUCAGGUGAACGGCAGCUGGGCGCCUCGAGGAAACUACAGCCAGUGCACCGAGAUCAUCGUCCUGAGGAAGAGUAAAGUUCACUAUCAGGUGGCUGUCAUCAUCAACUAUCUGGGCCACUGCAUCUCUCUGGGAGCGCUGCUGCUUGCCUUCACGCUUUUCAUGAGGCUCAGGAGCAUUCGCUGUUUGAGGAACAUCAUCCACUGGAACCUGAUCUCCGCCUUCAUCCUGAGGAACGCCACCUGGUUCAUCGUCCAGCUAACAAUGAAUCCCGCUGUUACCGAGAGAAACCAGGUGUGGUGCAGGCUGGUGACGGCAGGUUAUAACUACUUCCAUGUGACCAACUUCUUCUGGAUGUUUGGUGAAGGCUGUUACCUCCACACUGCCGUCGUUCUCACCUACUCAACCGAUAAACUCAGGAAGUGGAUGUUCAUCUGCAUCGGGUGGGGUAUUCCAUUCCCCAUCAUCGUGGCGUGGGCUUUUGGGAAGCUGUACUACGACAAUGAGAAGUGCUGGUUUGGAAAGAGGGCGGGAGUUUAUACAGACUACAUUUACCAAGGCCCCAUGAUCCUGGUCCUGCUGAUUAACUUCGUCUUCCUGUUCAACAUCGUCCGGAUCCUGAUGACCAAACUCAGGGCAUCAACAACCUCAGAAACCAUUCAAUACAGGAAGGCGGUGAAGGCGACGCUGGUGCUGCUGCCUCUGUUAGGAAUCACCUACAUGCUUUUCUUUGUGAACCCCGGAGGAGAGGACGAGGUCGCUCGGAUCGUCUUCAUCUACUUCAACUCCAUCCUUGAGUCCUUCCAGGGCUUUUUCGUCUCUGUGUUUUACUGCUUCCUGAAUAGCGAGGUGCGCUCCGCGGUCAGGAAGCGUUGGAUUCGUUGGCAGGACCGUCACUCCAUCCGGAGCCGUGUCAUACGUGCCACGUCGCUGCCCACCUCACCGAGCAGAGUGUCCUUCCACAGCAUCAAACAGUCCUCAAACCUCUGACAGACCUGAACUCACCCAAUGGCGGUCUGAGAUGUGAUUCCCGUUGGCCAA